CGGAAUCAGUCGCAAACGAACAACGAACCAUCGAAGUUUAGAAAAAAUAUUCGAGAAACAAAAACCAAAAGGCGAUCGCGCGCGCGCUUUUUCCUGCUCGAGAAAAACCCGAACAACCGAACCAAAAAAAAAAACACCGAAAACGAAUAGCGAACAAAACGAAAAUAAAUUUGGAAAUUCGAAACAGAAACAACAAGAAAAACCAAAAAACAGAAAAACAGAAAAGCAAAAAUUGCAAUUGUUUUUUCCGAUUUUUCUGUGGGUUUUUGGUCUGUGUUUUGACAAAUUUUCUGCCGUUUGUUUUGCGGCGCGCGCGUGUGCAUUGCCAAAAACGAAUCGAGGAAUAAAAUGAAAUGAAAAUAGAAUACAAGUAAAAAUAAAAACAAAAGGAGGAAUCAAAAAAUAAAACGAGACGCACAUUUUCUCAGUUUACGUUGCAUGCCGCAUGCCGUCUAUAUAAUAUUAUAUAUAUAUACAUAUAUAUAGAUACGAUAAAAGCGAAUUGCUGGCCCAAAGCAAAAGGCAGAGGAAUAGUUUUUUUCGUAGUUUUUUUUUAGAGGCGUUGCCCGCCGUAUACCCAUGAGAAUCGAAACGAAAACGAAUCGAAUCGAAAAACUGGCGCAAGGCUCAAUCCGUAAAACGAAAGCCCUCCUCGUUAUAUAAUUAUAGAAAACACGUGCCUGUCUCGCUGGAUUUGAAGCCCUGAAGGCUACGAUAAUUACUUCAGUGCUGAUUAUGUGGAAUACUCAUUUCGAUCCUUUGCGAAAUCAGCCAAUGCUUAUCGUGAAGCGUCUCAGACCCCCGGAAGACGGAGGGCGACGAUUGAGGAAUUGAAUUGAACAAAACGAAUCUACGUCACGAAACGAAAGGAAAGGAAACACUGCUCCAAAACGAAAAUAUAACCAAAAUCUAAACCAAAUAUAAAGAAAAAACCAACAACGAACGAAACAACAACAACAACUACUGCGACAACAACAACAACAACCAUAAAGACAAGCCUACAUAUAGGAAUCUAUAGAAUAUAUAUAUAUUUAAAGAUAGAUAGAAGAUCUUUUGCUUUUUGAUGUAAAUAUUAAUAAUUUAAAACAAAGAAGAGUUUUCAUUUAGAUUUAAAAAUAAAUUAGAAACUGUUUCUGUUGAUUUUUGAUUGAAUAUACUAUAUAUAUAUCAUUGUUGUCCCAUUAUAUUGUUGAUUAACGAAUAACGAAAACUAGUCAUUGCGCCCAACUGUGCGUAUACGUGAUCAGACAUUGCGUAUACAUAAUAUUAAGAGAGAGAUUAGCACAUAAGAGAUAGCUUAGGAUCUAGAUAGGAAGGAAACAACGAACAAAUGAUGAAAAAUCUCAAUGGUAGAGCGCAUAACGCGUGCUACCAUCCCUACCUCCAUCAGCUGCAUCAGGCACAACAGCUACAGCAACAGCAACAGACACAGCUGCAACAGACACCACAUACGACUCAUACGCAACAAAACGGCCUGACGCAGAACGCUCAACCGCAGAUACAAUGGCCAUAUAAUGCCUCUGCUGCUGCCAAUCAAUACUACCAACAACAACAACAGCAAGAGCAGCAAAUGUUACGUCAGCGACAAUUGCCCACGCAGCAGCCGGCUGCCUCCUACGAGCAGCAGCCGCAGCAACACCAACAUCUGCAACAGCAACAGCAACAGCAGCAUCAGCUGCGGCAAACGUUUACCAAUGCAGCAACCAACACCAACGCCGCCGCCAUGGCCGCCAUGUGCCAAAUGCAGAACUUUUUUACACAACAACAGCAACAGGAAUUCAACAACAAUUGUGCGCACAUUAAUUACAAUCAACAGCAACAACAACAACCAACAGCAGCAGUGGCAACCACCACGCCAACUCAAAAAGCAACACCAACAAAAACUACACCAACGAAUAAUCCAACAACAACAACGAAUAAUUCAACAACAACGAAUGGCGACAAGUUUGCUAUGGAUGCCAGUGAAAUUGCCAGUUUUUUAGCCAGCGAGCUAUUUAUGCAGCAGCUCGGAACAUUCGAUGGCAUACAGAGUGCACCAACGCUGACGACGCCUACGCUGACGCCGACCACGCUGCGCAGCAUUGAGGAGACAUUCUACGAGAUGACCAACGAUGCACCAUAUCAGGCCGGCUUCAAGCCACCCCCGCUGGCCCCAUUGGUCAACAACAACAACAACAACAACAACAACAAUGGCAACGGCAAUGGCAAUGGAAAUGGCAACGGUUUGGCAUCAUCUGUGGUACCCACAACAACCACAACGGCCACCAUCAUUGGUGUGAGCAAUCCGCUGAUCAGCCAGCAGCAGCAGCAGCAACAGCAGCAGCAGGUAUUCGAUUGCGGGGCCAGCGUUAUGCCCGGCAGCGAUACGGAGGAGUCCAACGGCUCCUGGGCCGAUGGGCAAAUGAAUGAGGAUCAGAGCAUAUCCGAUACUUCAAGUGGAGCCACAGACAGCACCUCCUAUCAGAACGGACACAUGAUGGGCAACAGCGGCGGCGGUACUGGCGGCGCCAAUAACUUCAGCAACGUCCUGGCCGCAGCCGGACGCAACACAAAUACCUCAAACAGUGCCACACCGGCGCGUCGCGGCGGCGGACGGCGCCCGAACAGGUCCGCCAAUAUGACGCCCGAGGAGGAGGAGAAGCGUCGCAUCCGGCGGGAGAGAAACAAGCAGGCGGCGGCACGCUGUCGCAAGCGACGCGUCGACCAGACCAACGAACUCACCGAAGAGGUCGAGCUGCUGGAGAAGCGGGGCGAGAGUCUGAAGAAGGAGAUGGAGCUGCUCAACGAGACGAAGAACCAGCUGGAGUACUUCCUGCAGGCACACCGUCCCACGUGCCAGAAGGUGCGUGCCGAUAUGCUCAGCGUGACCACCUGCAACGGGCUGAUCGGGCCAGCGGCCCUCCUCAGUGCCGGCAGCUGUGGCAGCGGCAGCAGCCACCACAACAACAACAGCAACAGCAAUGACAGCAGCAGCGGCACGAUCACCGGCCUCGAUGCCACCCUGAACUCCACCGGGCGCAGCAAUUCGCCGCUCGAUCUCAAGCCGGUGCCAAUCGACGAGGAUCUGCUGCUGCACAUCAAGGACGAGCCGCUCGACGGUGCGUUGGACUCGAGCUCCUCGCUCGACCAGGACGGACCGCCGCCGCACAAGCGCUUUGCGCUGCCCAACAUUGCCACGCUGAUGACGCCCACCGGUCCGGCGGGGUCGCUGCAGACGCCCGUCUCGGGCACGGCGCCGCAUGGCUUUGGUAGCUUCCCCACCACCAUCAGCAACAUCAGCAGUAUCCACAACGGCCCCACACUUAACACUCUGAACAAGAUGCCCAAGGAGCGGCCCAACACGCUGGCCUUCCAACGGCCCUUCGGCGGCCAGAUGCAGCUGAGCGUGAGCGGCAAGGCUCCCACGCAGAUACAGGGCGUGCCCAUCCAGACACCGUCGACGGGCACCUUCAACUUUGAAUCCCUGAUGGACGGGGGCACCGGGCUGACGCCCGUCUCCGGUCCGCUGAUCCCCAACUGCACCUCGCAGAACAAGCACCCACUGGAGCUGCCCACGCCCACAACCGAGCCGUCCAAGUUGGUCAGCUUAUAACCGGUAUAGGGCCGGGGGCAGGGGCGGGAGCGGGAGCCGACGUACGGCGCUAACAAAGUCAGACUUAAGUUAAGUUUUAUAUAAUGAAUGAACUACGAUUAUGAGCAUAUUGUAUCUACACCUAGGCGACGAACAUUUUGCUAGCUCUAACGAUGUUUUGUUCAUUUUUGUAAUCGUAUCUGUAACGAAUAUUUCGUAGGCCCCCCACCGUCCUGCGGAGGAGAAGGGUACUCUUGUUUUCCGUUUAACUUUAAUGUUUUUGUAUUAUUAUCUUUAUUACGUUUAAUUUAUGAUUUUUCUACGCGUAGUAGUAUGUCUUUAUGCCGGAGGAGUGUUUUGUGCAAUUUUGAAACCUUUUUCAUUUGCGUGUUAUAUUUUCCAAAAAUAUACAAACGACAACAGAUCGGAUCGAUGGACGGAUGGAUGCAUCAUGAUGCAUGCUAGCUCGUUGUAUGCCUGACAUUUUUCAGCCUGAGGCGCAAGCGUCCAGGCCGGAAAAUGCAAAACCGAAUGAUUGGAUGGAAAGGGAUUGAAGUGGAUGGAUGGAAGGAUGCGUUGUGAUAUUUAUUAUAAAACAAAUAAACAAAAAGUAGAAAGCAAACAAAAGAAUUAAACGAAGCGUAUAAUGAAAGGAACUAAGCCGGUUUUAAAAUUGUACAUUUAAACGAAAUUUGCAUAUAUUCAAUACAGAAGAAAUACAAACAUACAAACUACAUACAAUGCCUUGAGAGAGAAUUAAGAAAUGCAACAACAAAUUUAUAUAAAUAUAUACCUACAAUAUGUACGUUUAAACAUUAAACCUAAACAAUAAUCGCGUUGAUUGAUGAUAACGAUGCCAGUUUUAUAUUGAAGCCGUAGCACUUGUGAGACGAUGGGAUGAGAUACAAGAAAAUAUUGUAUACUUAUUGUACGACGAUUACUCUGUAAGCCUGCAGUAGAAGAGCCCAAAUAUAUUUUUACUAAACGCAACGAAAGCGCUAUUUUCAAAUACAAUUUAUAAGAACAAACAAAAACCAAUAAUGACAAAGCAAAGCAAUUAUUUAAUAUGUAAUUAAUGUAUUACGCAAAACAAAACGAUCAUAAUAUUAUAAUGCUAUUUCCACAAUAGAUCAGAAUCAGGUAACAGAACAUAGAUGGCCCCUGUGUGGCAGUAUGUUCUACAUUUUCUACAUUUAUCCAAACACACAUACCACACACACAAAAUAUUGAUCGACAGGAAACUGUAGCAAGAGUUACGAUACGAUGCACUUAAAGGGCAGAAAACACAAACACACACACCAAAAUUGACAAAAAAUAAAUAAAAUAAAAACUACCGAAAAAA